CCCCCCCCCCCUCCGAAAUCGCAUCAUGGCGCCCCCUACCGCACCACUCAACCUCGAUGUCGAGGCCAUUUCUGGUAUCUGCGGCUCCAUCUCCAUCGCCUGCUGGGUCGUCGUCUUCUCCCCCCAGAUCCUCGAGAACUUCCGCCGCGGCAGCGCAGACGGUCUCUCACUGCAGUUCAUCAUCGUCUGGCUCGCCGGCGAUGUCUUCAACAUCCUGGGCGCUGUCCUCCAGGGCGUCCUUCCUACCAUGAUCAUCCUCGCCAUCUACUACACCAUUGCCGAUAUAGUCCUCCUGGCCCAGUGCUUCUACUACAGGGGAUUCACCUGGAAGGACGAGGUCGUGCCCCCGGUCCCGAAGCCACGCAACCGCACCGGCGAACCUAACGAGCGGACCGGCCUCCUCCCCAACCCCAUCGUCGAACGCGAGCGCCGAGGCUCGGAUUGGUCCAACCUCUCCCCCGCCGUGCCCAUGCGGCCCGAGGCCGGCAUCGGCACCCCGGCCCCUCCCCCGCGACCGUCCACCGCACUCCAGGCCAUCGCCUGGAACACUACCGCCGUCCUGAUGGUCUGCGCCGCCGGCGUCGUCGGCUGGUUCCUGAGCCGCAAGUACUCCCACGCCGAAGAACCGGGCCACCAGACCAACGAUGGCGACGCCCUGACCUUCAACACCCUCGGCCAGGUCUUCGGCUGGCUCUGCGCCGUCUUCUACCUCGGUUCCCGCCUGCCCCAGCUCCUCCUCAACUACCGCCGCAAGUCCACCGAGGGCGUGAGCAUGCUCUUCUUCCUCUUCGCCUGCCUCGGCAACUUGACGUACGUCCUGAGCAUCUUCGCGUACGACCCGCGCUGCAAGCACGACGAGUGCGCGCCUGGCGAAGCGAACGCCAUUUACGGCCGCUACAUGCUCGUCAACCUGAGCUGGUUGGCAGGGAGCCUGGGUACUUUGCUGCUUGAUAUGGGCAUCUUUGCGCAGUACUUCAUGUACCGCGCGGACGAGUUCGCGAGCGAUGACGAGGAGGAGGAUGACCAGAGCAUUGACGAGGACCAGUGGGAUCAGCGACCGCUGCUCGCCCGUGGUGACUCUGUCUACCCAUGAGAGAGUCAUGAGAGUAUUUUUUUUUCCCCGCAUUUGUUACUGGUUUUGAAGAAUCGCAUUUGUGACAUUUAUCUAAGGCGUCUUUGAUACACGGAAAAAGGGUUGGUAGUCAUUGUUUUACUAUAAAAGUAUCUAUCGCAUUACAGGACUUAAGAGGCAUGGGAUAAAAGGCUGGUUACUUCACCGCUAUGGAAAACAAAAAGGGGGUUGAGCUGGGGGCAGCUCCGAGGAGGGACAUGAGUUGGCUGUUGUAUGAAGGAGGCAGGAGCCUCAGGAACCUUGCGAGACUCGUUAGAAUAGAUCUACAAACUAUCCCUUUUAUCAUCACUAUCGGACGAGGAG